AUGUCCAAAUUAUGCAUUGUUAUUCUCGGAUUCUUUACGACAUCCUGCAUCCUCAAUGCAAUUCUUGCAGGAGCUUUACCUACGAGAGACAAAGUGCAAAGUUUAGCUACACUAUGUGGGAUUUUGAAUUACGGAGAAUUCACCCACGAUGUAUCAACUCAUCGACUGAACGAUCCAAAUAAUCCGAUCAAAACCUAUCAAACAGGACACAACGGUCGAAUCGAAUAUGUUCGUGCAGAAAUCACACCAGCAUCAAUUGGAAAAGGUUCAGCACCAAGUGAUCGUGCUCGAAAAUAUGCUCGAUCGAUGGGUAAAUCGAACGAUGAUGCUGGUCAUAUUAUUGCAAAUAUACUAGGUGGCACAGGAAAGGAAUUUCGGAUUGAAAAUAACAUUCGUCAAACAGUCGUCGGAUCAGGACAAACUGUUGAAGUUGUUGUUCAAUUGUAUUAUGCGACACCAACUGACACAAGACCUACUCAUUUUAUGUAUCGAGCUAACAAUGGUAAUUCGUGUCAUACGGCUGAUGUUCAUAAUCCAUAG